AUGAUGGAUGAUAUACAAAGAGAAGACGAAGAAUUAUCACUAUUAGAAGCCAUUAAAACUAUAAAUAAAACUGUUCGCGUUUGGGAAGAUGUCGUCGAGAUUGAAACGUAUGGUGUUGAUAUCCCAGAAAAAAAUCCCAUAUUUACCGAUAAAGGAAAAAAAAAUUAUCCUCAUCCAGUUAAUGAUAAAGUAUUAAAUGAACCAAAAAUAAAACCUUAUCAUAUGGUUAAUCUUGAAAACGAAUAUCUUCAUAUUUUUUUUCUACCGGAACUUGGAGGACGUAUUCAUCGAGCGAUAGAUAGAACAAAUAAUCAUGAAUUUAUUUAUCAUAAUACAUUUGUAAAACCUGUUCUUCUGGAUUCACUCAGUUCUACAAUUCCAGGAGGUAUUGGAUUCAUUUGGCCUCAACAUCAAAAAUCGUAUACAUACAGUCCUAUUGAAUAUGGUAUUUUACAAAAUUCUGACGGUAGUAAAACUGUUUGGACUAGUGAAAUAGAUAGAAUAACUGGUCUAAAAAUGAUGGCUAAUUUUACAUUGUAUCCUGGUAAAGCAUAUUUGGAGAUAUCAGUACAAAUUUACAAUAGAACAUUUUUACCACAAACAUUUUCAUGGUGGGCUAAUGUGGCUGUUCCCAUGAAUGAUAAUACACAAUCUAUAUUUCCGUCUGAUGUCUAUGCUGUUUAUGAUCAGGAUCAAGAUAUUGUUUCAAAAUAUCCUAUUGCUGAUUCUCUGGAUAUUUCAUUACAUAAAAAUCUAAUCGGUACAACAACAUAUAUGACAGAUCAUUCUGAAUACGAUUUUUUUGGCAUCUAUGAUAAUAAGAAAAAUGCAGGUACUUUGCUUAUUGCAAAUCAUCAUAUUGCACCAGGAAAGAAACAGCGAAUGUGGAGAGAUGAAGAUUUCGAUCAAGUAUCAAAUCGAAAUUUGACAGGUGAAGAUUCUUCAUAUGUUGAAUUAAUGUCUGGUGUUUAUACUGAUCAUAAAGCAAAUUUAUCAUGGAUAAAUCCGUAUGAAGAAAAGUCAUUCAAAGUCUAUGUAUUACCGUAUAAGUCUAUAGGUGCAGCGAUCAAAAACUCUACAGUUCAUGCUGCUAUCAAUUUGGAUAUUGACUCUGAAAGUCAUAGAGCAACGUUACACGUUUACGCAACAUCCGUGUAUAAUAUUGCUAUCAUCGACCUACGUAGUAAAACAAAAGUUUAUAUAAAUGAUACCGUUACAAUAUCACCAACACAACCAUUUUCUCGAACCAUAAUCCUAAAUACUGAUGAACAACCGCAUAAUCUUACUGUUAAAGUUAAAGAUGCUGAUAAUAAUAUAUUAGUAGCAUAUCGUCCAGAACAAGAACGUCUACAAAAAUUACCAUCGUUACCACCCGACAUGGUACUACCGUCCGAAAUGAAAAAUAAUGAAAAAUUGUAUUGUGCGGGCUUACAUCUUGAACAAAUUAAAUAUACAAUGUUAGAAUCAGAAUUGUAUUAUCUUGAAGGUCUCAAGCGAGAUCCAGAUGAUAUUCGACUAAAUGUAGCUUAUGGUCUGUUAUUAUUACGAAAAGGUUUAUUUCGCUUGAGUGAAAACCAUUUUCUUCAAGCCAUAACGACGUUAACGCAGCAUAAUUCAAAUCCGUAUGAUAGCGAAGCUUAUUAUCAAUUAGGUUUGUCAUUAAAACUACAAGGACGAAUAGACAAAGCAUAUUCAAUCUUCUAUAAAGCGACAUGGUCAUCGACAUGGCAAGAUAGUGCUUAUUUUCAUUUAGCUCAAAUAGCUUGUUCUCAACAUGCCUAUAGCGAUGCAUUAGAAUUAGUUGACAAAGCUUUGUCAAGAAAUAAUCGAAAUUGUCAAGCAAGAAAUCUUCGUAUAGCAAUUUUACGAAAACUUGGACGUUUCGAUGAUGCCAUUAAUUAUGCUUUAGAAACAAUUCAAUUGAAUGUGUCCGAUUUUGGUUCAAGUUAUGAAUUAUAUUUAUUAGAUAGACUAGGGGAUGAUUUGGACCGAGCAGUUAAAGUAAAAGAAGAUCUAAUUAGUCUAAUGAGAAAUGAUGUACAUAAUUUUAUUUCAUUGGCAAAUGAAUAUAGUCAUAGUGGUUUAUAUCAAGAAAGUGUUGAUUUACUUGAUUUAUAUUUAGCUCGAAAUGGAAAUUCAAAAAUAUAUCCUAUGAUCUAUUAUUAUUUAGGUCAUUUUCAUGAAAAAUUGAAACAAAUGGAACGUGCACAAGCUCAUCGAAAAUCAGCAGCUGUUGCACUAUCAGAUUAUUGUUUUCCAAAUACAUUGGAUGAUAUGUUUGUGUUAGAAAGUGCUCUAGCUGCUAAUCCAGACGAUUCAUACGCUCAUUAUUAUCUUGGAAAUUUGUUGUAUGAUAAACGACGUUAUUCAGAUGCCGUUGAACAUUGGGAAGUGUCACGUAAUCUACUAGAUACGUUUGCUAUUGUUCAUCGUAAUUUAGCAAUUGCUUACUAUAAUCAUCUUGAACAACCGGAACAAGCAUUAGAAUCACUUGAACAAGCAAUGACGUGUGAUAUGAAUGAUGCUCGUGUUCUAUAUGAACUUGAUCAGUUAUAUAAGAAAUUCAAUUAUGUGCCAGAAAAACGUUUAGAGAAACUUGAAGUACAACUCAACUUGGUUAAAACACGCGAUGAUCUUUAUCUUGAAUAUAUAACAUUAUUAAAUAUUACACAACAAUCUAGUAAAGCUUAUGAUCUUAUUUUAACACAUCCGUGGCAAGCAAAUGGAAGAGAAAAAGAAAAGAGGCAAUGUGUUUUUAGUUGUAUUGAACUUGCAAAACAAUCUAUUAUCAUGCAACAAUUUUCCGAAGCUAUUAAUGUGUUACAAUCAGCAUCCAAAUUUUCUAGCGAGUUAACGUUGAGAAAUGAUAUUCUAUAUUAUAUGGGAUUAGCAUAUAGAGGAAUUCAUCAGAAUGACGAAGCUGAUGAAUUAUUUCAAAAGGCUACUGAAAAUGGCCAACAAACAUCAACUGAUGCAAUUUAUUAUCAAGGAUUAGCAUAUUUAAAUCUUGGCAAUGAUAAAAAAGCCAAAAAUUGUUUUAAUCAAUUAAUCGAUUAUGGUGAACAACACAUGUUCAAUGAUAGAAUUUUGAAUCUUUCAGUAUCUGAUUGUCGCAUAUUUCAUGAUGAUAAGAACAAACGUAAAAAGAUAAAUUCAUAUUAUCUUUUAGGUCUUGGUUAUUUAGGUUUAGAUAUUAAAAGUAAAGCUUAUACACAUUUAACAAAUGUACUCAAAUUAGAAAAUUCUCAUCAGGAAGCACUUUUACACAUUGCAGAUGUCGAAUUUCAAGGACGUCGUUUAAGUUUCGCAUCAGUAUCUCGACGAACAAGUUUUUUUCUUCCUCAACCACCCGAAUUAUUCCAUCCAAUACCAUCAAAUGAGAGUAGUUUUCGUCGAUUAAGUCAAGCUCCAGUAACCAUUAAUGAUGAAGGAAGAUUCUAUUCACCACGAACACCGACAAACUCAGAUCCAAGACGAGUAGACAAUUCUCUUACAGUACCAGCGGAUGAUUCUCGACUUCGCAGUUGGAGUCUGACUCAAACGAAUAAACCUUCUACCCUUUCGAAAUCAGUAACUCCAACGGGUGGACGUCAUUCAAGCAGAGAGUAA